CUUCCUCUUCCCCUUCCCCUUCCCCUAUAAAUGGUUGCCAUAGGAUCUCCAAUUCUAGGCUUGAAGGAAGCAGCUUGCUCACCUUCAAGGGCGAUGGUGAGCGCUUCCUCCUCUUCCUCCUGCACCUCCUCUGGCUCCUUCGACGACGCAUCCAAGCCCUCCUCCGCCGUCUCCGCUACCGUCAAGUUCCUCUGCAGCUAUGGCGGCAAGAUCCUCCCCCGUUACCCCGACGGCAAGCUCCGUUACGUCGGCGGCGACACUCGUGUGCUCUCUGUACAACGAUCCCUCCCCUUCUCAGAACUGCAGGAGAAGUUGAGCGAGAUGUGUGGGUGGGGUGGCCCUGUGAGCGUUCGGUGCCAACUUCCGACUUUGGAUCUCGACGCCCUCGUCUCGGUCAAGUCUGACGAGGAUCUCACCAACGUGGUGGCGGAGUACGAUGCCGCUGGCAGCGAGAAGGUCCGUACUUUCUUUUUCCCUGCCACUGCGGCCAAGCCUGGCAGCAAGAGUAGCAUCGGCCAGGCAGGGAGCCCUACUCGUCCGAUCUUUGCUGCCCUGCCCUUCGCACGCCAGAUCGCCUCCCCGGCGAGGCACACUGGCCGGGUGGUUCGAUACCACGGGCACCACCACCUCCAUGGCCAUCCUGUGGCUGCCCGGCCGUCGAACUACCACCUGGUGCACCACGGCAACCGCUGACCGUAAUAAUACCAUCGCCGGCACCGCUGCCAUGGCCAGAGUUGGCUGUAAAAGAAGCUGAGGUAAAUCAAUGGACCAAACAAAACUGAUUUGCUUGUAGACCGAGGACCAUCGAUCGAUGUAGCAAUCUCGUAUGCUUUCAGUACAAUACAAUUAAAAUUUUAAAAACACACAGAAACCCACUAAAAACCAAACUUCUCCGAUCAAUUAACUUCGCCUGUUGCCCUCUUUGUGUUCCUGUCCUUCAUCUGCCCAUUCUUUUGUUUGUUCAUGGGUUAGGGUUCCGUCUCCGUGUCAGCCCAUUUCCUUUACUUUUAUUGCAUUUUGGUUGAGCCGUUACCUCCGUUUGUUGACGUCGUCAGUACUUUCUAGGACUGCAUCUUUCCUUUAAAAAGACGAAAGUAAUUGCCUUUUUAAUUUAUUUAUGUCGUGUUGAUUAAUUGAGUACUGAUUCGUUCUUUGAUUUGUUUUUGCAGGUUGCUUCAUUUGUUGGCGAGGGCAUCUUCGUUCUUUCCGAGAUACAUUACACACUAUAGAGGGACAAAUUUUGGCGUCCGACUCAAAAAGUUUUUUUUUAAAAAAAGUGCAGUACCUAAAAUUACUAUAAUUUUUUUUAUUAAAACUUUAAAAAAUAAAUAAAAAGAGAUAAUGGUAGUUAAUUUUUUAAAACAUAUUGUAUAUUUAUUUAAAUUUAAUAUUAUAUUAUUUUGUUUCAUGUAAAUGGUUUUACUUUUUGUAAAUAUCAAUUAUUUCAUUUGUCAUAUUAAAUAUGGUAAUAUUUAUAUAUUUCUGGGAAUUUGAGAAAUAUAACAGUAUAUGUAUUAUCGUAUUUCAAAAUUUUAAGAAAUAAGUUAUUACAAAAAUAUUAUAAAGUGUUGGGGAAAAAAAUGGAGUUUGAAACUAAAAAUUUUGACUGUAGAAUGAAAUUUAUUAUUUUACAAAAAAUAAGUAAAAUAUUUGCUGCCGUUUUUAAACAAAAAAAUGUAGAAAAAAAUAUUUCAAAAAUCGCUGAGAAAUAGAAAAAAAAUAAAAUCAGAAUCAAAAAAAUGUAAUAUUGAAUGCAAUUUUGGAAUCUGUAUGAUAAAUGGAGGGCCCGCUCUGGCUUCUGUCAUUGACUAAAAAAGGAGAGUCUGGUGGAUGGUCGGUUUGUUUACAUUUGUUUUUCUAUAUUUUUCGUCGUACUUUCUGAGUUUUCAAAGUUUCAUUAUUAGAAAAGCUCUACGGUAAAACCUUAAAAGGAGAUUCCGUUUUAUUAAAAAAAAUGCAAUCAGGGAAAUUUCUCCUUCGCCCUAAUUAUUACAAAAUUCAAA